UGGUAAUGUAAUGGCUUGUGGUUUCAUUGCAUUUUUGUUACAUUUUGAAUUCUUUAAAAUUAUCAGUUAAUAAUCUCAGUAAUACAUGAGAAACCUGAGAUGCAGAGAGAGUAAGUUACACACAAAUAUACAAGUAGUUAGAAAAGCAUGGACCCUUGACUUUGGUGAAUGCUUUUUUCAUUUAUUGAAGUAACAGCUCUCAGAAACCAUACUUUUUUUCAUGGAAUAUUCAUUAAGCACUCAAAAUAUAGGAGUUCAAAAUUAAAGUCUAUGGCAAAAGUAUAGAAUAGUGAAUAACCUGGAGGGCAAGGUAUUUGGGGACGUGGAAUAGUGAGAUCAGAUUGGAAAGGCAGCCAUUAACUCUUCUUGAAUAAUGGAGUUCAUAAUAACCAUAAUUAAGCAUGUGUUGUUGGAUGUUUAAUCAGGCAGAAAUAAGUAAAUUAGAAAAAUGAACAGAUCUAGAAGUCCAGACAAUAUUUGGUGAUGGCCUAAGGUAUGAUAUUAAAAAUUGAAAGGAGGAAAUGAAUUUGAGAGCCGUUAUAGAAAUAGAUUCCCAGGAUGUGGUGACUAAGAACAGUAUAUUAAGGGAGAGAGUAGUUAAAGAUGUUUCCUAAGUUUCAUAUCUGAGUGCUUCGGGAAAUGUUGGGAAAAAAUGAAAGAGGCUUAUUUGGUGAGGAAAAUGUAUUUAUCUUUGGACAUGCUGUGGUUGAAGUCUCUACAGGACAUCCAGGUGGAAGAUGUGUGACUAACAGGCAAAUUGUAGAUGAAAAGGGGAGCUCAGGAGUGAAGCCAGGGCUGAAGACACAAGAAAUUAUUGGUGUAGUGGGAAUAAUUGGUGACGUGUCAUCAUUCCUUCUUUUCAGGUAUCUUCACUGCCUUACAUAUGUACAGCCUCAGUGUAUUUAAGGAAUGUAUCCAAAUAACUGUUGUUACUGCCCUUAGAACUGGGCAAUCAGUCACCUUAAGAGAAGGCAUCUUAGGAUUCAGAGAAGCCCAGUCUCAGGCAACACAGUGUGAUUGGUGGGAAAACACAGACUAUUUAGAAAGGCUGUUUGAGUGGUAUGAAAGAAAGUAAAGUUAUAUACCCUGUAUGUGCUAAAUAUUGUUCAGCUUUUUUGUAUAUACUGUCUUUAUUGCUUAACAACCCUAUGAAAUAAGGAGUACAAUCCUCAUUUCACAGAUGAUGAAACUGAAGCUAAAUAAUAUUAGAGCAAGGAUUUGAGCCAGUUGGGUGUUCAGUGCCAUUGGUCUUUUUUGCUGUGCCUCACUUUGCCAUCUUUUCCAGUAAGAUCUGUCAAAUAUAGCUAUCAAGCUUAUUAUGUUCAGUAGGGUUGUGAGUUCAAUAGGGUUUGUCUUCAUGUAAAAAGCACAGUGCUUCAAAUCUUAAAAUGUAAUUAAUUGGAUUCAGAUAAUGAGUGGACAUUGCCUGCAAUGAGAAAGCAUGUGUAUAAAACGAAAAAUGAAAGUUGGAUCACAUCGUAUAUCUCCAUCCAGAUGUGCAGACCUUCUGGAAUGUUUAUAAAUGUCAACAUUUAUUUCUUUUUCUCUACUGAGUAUGUGAAACUACUUAGAAGAAUGAAUUGAUAGACCAGAGAUACCUGGAAGAAAAAAUUCUAAAAAAUACACGUUUCUAAUUAACUAAAAAUUGUCAUUAUUAAUACUCCCAAUUAGCUGACAAUUGUCACUCUGUGACAUCACCUGAAGAGCCACAGCAUAAUCCCAAUUUGCCUUGUGUUAAGUAGGCACAAACAAGAUUGUUUAUUCUAAGAUACAAAGACUAGUUUGUGCCAUGAAACUUCCUGCAGUUUUCAGACAGGGUGGGGUAGAAGUGGGUGCAUUUACUUGUCCGUCUUUUGUUUGUGUAUUUGUGUACCACUUCUCAGCAAAGGAGAAGCAAGUAAUGACAUCUCAAAACGAUAGGAUAGUGUCAAAUACAGAAAAAUGUAAUUCAUCUUUUAUGUGUGUGCUAUUUCUGUGGUAUUCAGAAUGGGUGGGAUUUUCAUUAUUUAUUUUUUCUCUUGAAAACCUAAUUUUUAAGUUUUGCUUGUUACUUUGGUCAUCUUUCUUAAAAUGGAUUAAUUCUAGUGAAUCAUGAGAGAAAAUUAAUGCUAAAUAUAUAGUUUUCUAGCUAGAACUUCUCGUACUGUGUUAUGUUUCCCUAGUUGCCAAGCACUGUUAAUACACUUUCAUUCUUUAACACUGCUCUUUGUUCCUUGGGAAAUGCUACAAGAAAAUCGGAAUUUCCUCUCACCAUUACCCCUUUGGCAGUGUGUUUUGAUACAAUUCCUGGCUGACUCUCUGUCCUGGUUGCCACCCCUUAUCCUUACUAGCAGUCUAACUUCGGCUCAUAGACUAAAAGGGGGAUUCCGGACAGACGAGGAAACAGCUUUCAAACCCUACACUGCAGGCGUAUUAAGUUAUUCUCCCACUGUGCAGUCUGGAAAUCGGGGAGCACUUCUCUGGCGAUGCAUUCUAAUGAGCUGCUGAAGAAGAUGCUGGAGUGUGUGCCUGCACAGGCGUUUUCUUUCCCCUCCCCCGCUUCUUCCUUUUCCCAAGCCCCCUUUUCUCCCUGUUUCCCCUCCUACUCCUUUAUCCCCUCCCUCUGUGUCUCAGUUCUGCAGUAAACGGGGCUGAGGCACAUUCCUGCUUUUCGAGGCUUUCUGUUAAGGAUGUUCUGUGGCUUUUGUUUGGAUCGCAGCAUGCAGAAUUACAGCUGUUCAGAGGAGACUCAUUACAACUCCUGCUGAAGUCCUAAUCUUCCUCCCUUCUCUUCUCCCCCUACCCCCUACCCUCAUUGGCCUGAAGACAUUGUACCCAGAGUUUGCCUUACUCCCCUGGUGCUAUGUGUAUGGUAAACCUGGUACUAUGGCUGCAUCUGGGACUGGCCAGACAACUGCUGCUGGUUCUCCCUAUUCCAAGAAGGAUUUAAAGGGGAAUUGCACUGCAGGCAAUGCACCAGAGCAGCAGCAUCGGGAGCUUGGGGACUAAGGCUCCUCUGGCAUUAUUACAGACACACAGAGCUGACCGCAAUGACAGCAGCUGUUCCUUUGAACUGUUGGCAGCAGCCAAGCGGCAGCAUGAAGUGAGAGAUCACUCCUGAGCUCAAGAUGAAUUCUACCUUGGAUGGUAAUCAGAGCAGCCACCCUUUUUGCCUCUUGGCAUUUGGCUUUCUGGAAACUGUCGAUUUUUGCCUCUUGGAAGUAUUGAUCAUUGUCUUUUUAACUGUGUUGAUUAUUUCUGGCAACAUCAUUGUGAUUUUUGUAUUUCACUGUGCACCUUUGUUGAACCACCACACUACAAGUUAUUUUAUCCAGACUAUGGCAUACGCUGACCUCUUGGUUGGGGUAAGCUGCCUAGUCCCUUCUUUAUCACUCCUCCACUAUCCACUUCCAGUAGAGGAGUCCUUGAUUUGCCAGGUAUUUGGUUUUGUAGUAUCAGUUCUGAAGAGUGUCUCCAUGACCUCUCUGGCCUGCAUCAGCAUCGAUAGAUACAUUGCCAUCACUAAACCUUUAACCUAUAAUACCCUGGUUACGCCCUGGAGACUACGCCUGUGUAUUUUCCUGAUUUGGCUAUACUCCACCCUGGUCUUCUUGCCUUCCUUUUUCCACUGGGGCAAACCUGGAUAUCAUGGAGAUGUGUUUCAGUGGUGUGCGGAAUCCUGGCACACCGACCCCUACUUCACCCUGUUCAUCGUGAUGAUGUUAUAUGCCCCAGCAGCCCUCAUUGUGUGCUUCACCUAUUUCAACAUCUUCCGCAUCUGCCAGCAGCACACAAAGGAAAUCAGCGAAAGGCAAGCCCGCUUCAGCAGCCAGAGUGGGGAAGCUGGGGAGAUGCAGGCCUGUCCCGAUAAGCGCUAUGCCAUGGUCUUGUUCCGAAUUACUAGUGUAUUUUACAUCCUCUGGUUGCCGUACAUCAUCUACUUUUUGUUGGAGAGCUCCACUGGCCACAGCAACCGCUCCGCAUCCUUCUUGACCACCUGGCUUGCUAUUAGUAACAGUUUCUGCAACUGUGUCAUUUAUAGCCUUUCCAACAGCGUCUUCCAAAGGGGACUAAAGCGCCUUUCAGGGGCCAUGUGUACUUCUUGUGCAAGUCAGACAAUAACUAAGGACCCUUACACAGUUAGGAGCAAAGGCCCCCUUACUGGAUGCCAUGUCUGAAGUGCUUCAGAUAUUGGGUCACUGUGCGUUCUGUGUGUGUGUGUUUCUGUUUGCUUUUUAUCUCUUUGUAUAUCUAGUUCGCUGGGAAGUAAGGGACAAAAUAACUUGACUCUAAGCAACAGCAAACAAAUGAUCCGUCCCAAACACCUUGUAAGUUUACAGAAAUGAUUUUUUUUAAUGCUUUUGAAUGAGAAGAAUCAGGACCAUCAAGAUAAAUUGCUCUUGGUUCCAGUUUUCAUAAUGUCAUGGAAAUGACUUUCUCAGACUUAGAAUGGAUAAAGUCGUAUCUGACACCUCUUUCCAGCUGGCAUGACUGAAUCUGGGUGUGAAAAGCGUCAGCGUUUGUAAAAGUCAUCAUCUUGUCGCUUUCCUGGUUUUUUCCCAGCUGUUUGGGCUUCAUGUGCAGUUGAUUUCUUUUAAAACAGGGAAUAUUAAAAUACAGUGAUGAAUUAACAGGGUUUUAAAAUUUUCUUUACAUAGGCCAAAGUAUAACUACACUGCAGGCUUCUACACUGUCAUUCAUAAGACAGAUGUUGUAUGUCUUAUACUCGAGAGAAUUCUCAAUACAGUAAAUAAUGUGAACACUUAAACAUUAAUUUAAAAAUUUUGAAUGGAACCAUGAAGCAAAAGUGCAGUCAAUUAUUCAAUUUAUUUAAAAAAAAAACUAAGCUGUUUUUUGUGCCAUGCUUCACUGAGAUCUAAAGAAAUGUGUGUACUGAAAAUAAUUAUGUUGCAGUAUUUUUGCCCGUGCCUUUGUGUGAAUUGAGAAUGUUUGAAUUGAGUUAGAUAUCUCUUUUACAGCACAAUAUGUUUUGAUAAGCUGAAAAGUAAUUAAGUGAUAGGCUGAUGGCUACCAGUUUUAUAGUGGUGAAAAUACAUGAAAAUGUGUCUUUAGUCUUCUCUGCUCUUUUUAUCCGGAGACUUUUUUGAAAUAUUAGAAUAUCAGGAAGAAAGGUGUCGUAAGCAACGGAGUCAGAAAAUACACUGUACAUUUAGCUAGUUCAUUUUAAAAUAGAAAGGGGUUAAUUGUGAUGUUCUCCUUAUGGUUAAAAGGGAUCACCUAAUAAAGUAGCAACUAAUUCUUUUUAAAGGCAUUUUUUUUUUAGUUAGUGUUAAGGAAUUUGUAUUUGAAUGAGAGACAGAAGUUUUGAUUAUCUCUCUUAUUGCUGUUCUCUUUCUGGGAAAAAGAUCUUUGGGAUAUAGUUCCUUUCCUAAAUAGUAUUUUUUUUAAACCAAAGUACUAGCAAAAGCUAUAGGAUUUUAUUACUGUUGUUUUGUAGAAUUAUUAAUUGAGAAUGCUGUGUAUUUGUAUGUAGUAGUGAUGUUUUGUUCCUAAAAGUGAUUAUAUUUAGAGCAAGAGGUUUAUUUUUCUAAAAAGAGAAGGAUUUCCCAGCAGCUCCAAGCAUGAGAGUAUUUCCUCUACUUUUUUUUUUUUUUUUUUUUUUUUUUUUUUUACUGGUUUUAAUGUUUUGGAAGUCUUCAGGGGACUUGUAUGAUCUCUGCCUUUGGCUAGAUAUUGUAAUCUAAAUGUGACACUGGUGUUCAGUGAGAUGGAAGAUGGAAGAAAACAAAGGAAAGUGGGUUAAAGUGAAUUUUUGAAUCUAAGAAAUGACAUGGAUAUUUAUAAAACAGGCAGAUAUGCUUUGGUUUUCCAUCGUAUUAGAAAACCUCCUGUCCCUUUUUAAAAUAAAAGACAGCAUUCUUGCAACUUUUAAGUUUUAGAUACUGAUUUGAUUUUAACCUCAAAUGUAUUCUACUUAAACAUUUUUAAGACAAUAACUGUUAAUAUAAACAUUGAAACUUCAGAUUCUGAGUUCUUCCCAAAAGCUUACUCUUUAUAUUUAGUGUUAGAAAAUUUGAUUCUAACCUGUUUCAGAAUUCAGAACUCACAGUGAAAUUUAUAAGUAAUGUUAGCAGUGGCUUUAUUAAAUUGCCGUUUGAAGUGGAAAACCUUCCUGUUAGAUUCUGAAAAAUAGUUGUACACGUUUCCCCUUUAUUUAUGUGGCAAAGAUAUUAAAAAAGAUAAAAACUUCCUUUUUUCCUAUAUGUCAGAAAAUGUAACCUGUUCAAAUUUGCACAGUUUGCAAGUGAAUAUUUUGUUCAGCAGGUAUGGGAUUUGUAAAGAUUAAUUUUUAUAAAAAAUGAUGUUAAAUCAGUAGAUUUUACUUUGGGAGAAACUGAGCCUUUUAAAUUUUUUCCUGCAGUAGGGUUCCAUCUUGUGAGAAAAUAAAAAAUUUUGGAAAAUAUUUUAUGGAAAUUUUAUGAAAAUGAGAAAAUAUCUGUUUAAUUUUCUGGAAAUGGCUAAUCAGGCUGAUUUUUUAAUGACUGGAAAGACCAUUCUUUCAAUAAGAGCUUUAAUUAACAGAUUUUUAUAUUUUUAUCCUAGAACCAAAUUUAGAUGUUAGAAGUCCUCCCUGCCACCUUAGAAUCUCUACCAGUGUUUUACCUAAAACUAAAGUAGAAGGUAAAUUGUAAUUUUAACAAAAAAUAAAGCACCCCUCCCCAACUGAUAUUUGCUUAAUAUCAGAUGUCUUCCUAGUUUAUCUUGUCUUCAUGGGACUGUAUAAAACUCUUAAGGUUUCUUCCAGGUAUCAAUUCUUUCCUCACAUUCGUUGUCUAUACUGCUUUUUAAUUUUUGUUUUCUUGUGUAUGUGCAUGCUGGGGGCAGAAAGGGUGUGCCUGGAUGCAGUCAUACAGUCUUCUGUGGCUGGGGGCAGUUUCUGUGUGAUCGAUUUGGAAAGUCUGUAUUUAAGUAACCUUUUCAUCCUGGCAUAUUUAUUGCAACAUUUGAUGAUGUUUUGUUUAAAUACCAAUCUGACUAGUUCAGAAUGAGAAAGAAAUGUAUUUUUAGAGUCAGUUACCUUGGGCUUUGGCAAGACAGCUCAUUUAACUUUAUAUGGUAUAUGAUUGAUACCGGAGAAAGCAUAAGCUUUUGGUAUUUGUGCUGAAAUUAUUUUACCGUAAAAUUUUAAAAUAAGACUAUACUAAUUGUUAUAUUUGUAAUUAAUUGUAUGUUUUAAUAGAAUUAUUUCCAUAAGGGUGUGUUUUUUCCCCUCUUAGAGCCGAAAAGCAAUUACAAAAGGAUGGGUGCUCCACUUUAAUGAAAGAAUUAUCUUACACCAGAAUGGAUAUUUGAAUUUUUCAUGGACCUGUUGGCUUUAACCCUGAAUUCCAUUUUGGAAAGGGUUUUCUUUAAGCUUUAUUGCUUGAUAAAUUCCUUUUUGAGCCUUUAUUAACGGCUUUUCCUUUUUACUUGAAUAAUGGUCUCAGUAUUUUAAGGAUUGGGAAAACUUGAAUUUUUGUACUAUUUGCAUACAUUACUGUUCACCUCUCUGAACUUGAAAAUGAAACAACAGGGUUACAGGUUCCCAGACAGUAAGUGGUUUCUGGGAGCGUUUCCUCAGCUUUUCAGGUUUGAUUGAAACAUCUAUUUAAUGACUUUGUAGGAAUUUCACUAUGUGUUUUUGUAUCAUAAAAGAUUUGUGAAAUAAAUUAUUAACAAACCAGAAUUUAUUGUUGUAUGAGGAAAUUUGGAGAAGCUUAAGGAUGGCAGUGAAUCAUGGGAUUACGAGUUUUUUUUUUAGUCUUCAUAAAUCAUUCUUUGUGUUGAUUUUUGCAUAAUUUUUCCAUUUCAGGUUGAAGAAAAACUAAGUAUUUUGUAUUAAAUGUACAUAUUAUUAAUAUGUUUUGUAGACCCAAGGAAUAUUCUAGAUAUUUAUUAUGGCUGUAAAUGAGUCAUUUGGCUUUUCUUCAAAAUUUGGGUGACUAGGGCAUCAUGGGAUUAAAAUGAACUUUGAACUGAGAAUUUUAAAAUCUAGGUAUCUGUUACUAAUUAACUUGUUUUGUAAGGGCAAGUUGCUUCUCUCAGCACUUAAUUUCUUCUAUAAAAGAUCAUAAUCCUUUCAUUCUUCACAAGAUUACUUUGAGGACUGAAUUAGACAACAGAUGUAAAAGUACUUUGUGACAUGUAAAGUGCUUUGCAAAUAAAACUGAGUACUGUUA